CGGCUCCCGGAAACUGGCAGUGUCCGCUUGUUGGUUCCCACCCAAACAGGCAACAGGGACUUUCUCCCCCAUAAACGUAGCGCUGUGCCGUCUGUGGAGACAGCCCUGGUUGAGUAAACCGGACGUUUCUAAAUGACUUCUGUGAGACUCGCUCUUUGACCUUUUUUCUAGUAAACUCAGCCUAUGCGCCACAGUGACACCACCGAGUUACCGGAGCUAGCAGCCCGCCCCGGGAUCCAGACACCAGCUGGGCUCCACGCGCGGCGGGCAGAGAUGAACAGCGGGCUGGCGGCUUUCAGACGGGUUUAGCAGGCGGGUGUCAGACGGUCUCGGUUCGGUUUCUGUUCGGAGGGAAUCAGAUGUCGAGAGGGAUUUGCUGAGUAGAAACCGGGCAGCGUACUGAAAAACCUAGUGGAAAUCAGCCCCCCCCCCCCCCCCACACACACACACACUUUUCCUAUCAUCAUGAGUGCGAUGCGCGUGGAUGCUAAAGUGGUGAUGCUGGGAAAGGAGAGCGUAGGCAAGACGAGUCUGGUGGAGAGAUACGUUCAUCAUCGCUUCCUGGUCGGCCCAUACCAGAAUACGAUCGGUGCUGCUUUUGUAGCCAAACCAAUCCAAGUGGCAGAGAAGGUGAUCACUUUGGGAAUAUGGGACACAGCUGGAUCGGAGCGUUACGAAGCCAUGAGUCGAAUCUACUACAGAGGAGCUCGAGCCGCCAUCGUCUGCUACGAUCUGACCGACAGCAGCAGCUUCCAACGAGCAAAGUUCUGGGUGAACGAGCUGCAAAACUGCGAGGAGCACUGUAAGAUAUAUCUGUGCGGCACCAAGAACGACCUGAUAGAAGCAGACAGAAGUCUGCGUCAGAUCGACUACCACGACGCGCAGGACUUCGCUGAAGAGAUCGGAGCGCAGCAUUUUGAGACUUCCAGUAAAACAGGAAGGAACGUGGAUGAACUCUUCCAGAAGGUGGCUGUGGACUACAACGAAUCGUCUUUCCAGUAUAUGACCGAGGAAGCAGGCGUUGACUUGGGCCAGAAGAAAGACUCCUUCUUCUACAGCUGCUGCCACAACAACUGAUCCAGAACAACAGGAGGAAGAGAAACAGACGUUCAACCUUUGCUGGAAGGCUGAGAUUUUAGGAUUUGAUAUCCCAAAAAAGAUGAAUCUGUCCCCAAACAGAAACCAACCAGUGCUCUUUGUCACAUACUGUUUGUUUCUUUUGUGCCAUAAAGACUGCAGAGUUUUACAGAGCAGGGUGUGCUGCUCUGAAACCAAGUGCUGAGGAAGACUUUCCCCUCGUGUUUUAUCGCCAUUCCUCUGAGUCUCACAGUCUCACUAUCAGAGGCUGUGAAGAAGAUGCUGAAACAGAGGCAGAAAACCUCACGACGAAUUGUUUACAUCAGGUUAUUUAUUUACCUCCAGUUGCGGGUAAGCUAAUAGGAUUCAUCAUCAGACAACACUCUAAUUUUAAUGAAGGUACCAAUAUUCUCUUUAGAGGCGUUUCCAUCAGUGGGGUUUGUGUUGAUGUACUUUUUGCCACGUGACGUUAUGGAUGUAAAAGUGCUGACUCAGCACUCGGCCAAGAGGUCGCUCACGUUUGCCUGAAGUUACUCGUUUUAGCUGGAAGGCAAAAAUAGUUUGGAGGGAUGAUUUCAGCCGGAUCGGUUCGUCAGCGCGAGCAUAAUGUAAAACGCAAACCGAAGUCUGAUUAACAGUUAAAAUACAGAAUGAAAACACUAAUUUUAUAGUUUGUAUAUUUGAAUCAUAAUCUGAUUCUGUUAAAAUAUUAUAAAACAAAGCCUGUUUUAAGGUGGACGUUAGUAAAAUGUUCAUCUCUGUACAGUAAUUAUCUCGCAUGAGCUCAUCUGCCUGAUUGAAAAACCCACAUGCUGUUAAAAACCCAGGUUGCAAAAGCUUUCAAAGCAAUCGUCUUCUCAAAGAUGGAUUCAGUUCUCUAGCUGGGUGAGGAAACCUCCGCUUUGACCAACAGGAAAAAGCUUUCUGUGUAAAUGAUGUAAAAACUGCUCAGUGUUCCCACACCGAUGCUAAUUUAUUAUCGCCUCUUUUGAGUUGUGCUGCAAGAUGGACAUGAGGGGGAAGUAAAUGAACAUUCUGUUGUUUUGACGUUUUUCAUGAGAUUUUGAUGCACAUUUUUAAUUAAAGGCUGUUUAAAAGA